AUGUCAAGCUUGCUGUCUUUUGCCCGAGCUGCGCCUCCCCACCGCGUUCCUCGCGAUGAGGAAGCUGCUAUCCCAUCUUCCUCCCAAUCCAACCGUCGGUGGUCUCGUGCCUUCCGCAGUGGCAGUGGCAUCGGCUUCGGCAUCGGCUCCAGCUCUGCCAACCACCCAUCCCAGGCACUCGAGAUGAGCUCUCCAUCUGCUCCCGCCAACAACGACAACCAUUUCGACAUGGAGCAAGCUCAACCUCGACACGAACGCGCCACUUCUGGCAGAUCCCUUCUCUCGGCCAUUUCCGUCCCCUCCCUCUCCGCCUUGCGCCAGCGCGAGCGUGACCAAGAGAGGCAAAGGCAAGAUGCACACGUCCAAUCUCAGCACGCGCAGCAGCUUGGCGCAACCAUCAGCACGCUCGGCGGCGGCAACGCGUUGGCGCCCAUCCUGCUCGCUCCAUCCGCUGCUCCCGCUCCCGCUCCCGCUCCCGCUUCUCGCGCCACCGCCGUCAAGAAGUCCAGGAGCAGUCGAAGAGAAAGAGAAGAAGCCGCGACUCUGUUCGGUCCCAACCUCGCCAACUACUUUGGCAGCGGCAUCAGCAGCUCCGGUGCCGUCUCGAGUCAUGGUGCAGGUGUUCCGCAGCCCGCUGCCGUCGUCAAUUCCGCUUCCCCCACUUUGCCAGCACCAACCGCACUCUCGCCAUCAUCACCGCAAGUCGUCGAUCAAGUUUUGAUUUCUGUCGCUGAUCCAGCCACUCCAGCCGCCUCCUAUCCGCACAACUCCGCCUCGUCACGUCGCGCUCGUCUCGGCUCACGCGGACGCGCUCGAGGCGCCUCGCUUUCUGGUCUCAGCAUGAUGUCUCUCGGCGCCGAGUCUGUCACUUCGCUCGGAGGCAUUGACACCGAAAGAACAAACGAUCCAUCCCAGCCCGUUACAGGCAUGAUGCAAGGCUCCACCGCCGACCUCAUCCAUCAGCUCAACCGAGAUGCUCCCUCCACCGUCGAUGGCUCCAUCGCCAUGAGCGAAGGUGUCGACAUCAGCACACUCCAACGUUGGAUUCAGCGCAGCACCGGAAUCGCUCAAGCAUCUACUCUGACUCCCACUCCCGCUUCCGCUUCCGCUCCCACUCCGGCUCCUUCUCCUGCCACCCACGGCCCGCCCGUCUGCACAACGCUCCAGUCCUACGUCAAUCUCAAGCGCAACACGCUCAAGCUUUCUCUGGCUACGACACCUGAUGCCAACGUCGAUACCAACAUGUUGCGCUCCCGAGCCUCACUCUCAGUGCUUCCGAACCUGUCUUGCGGCAGCACUAGCGCGUCAGCGAGCCUACUUCCCGAGCCCACGCACUCGCUCUACUUUGAAUACGACUGCGCUGCUCCGUUCGCCAGCGUCCAGAUCUUCAUUCGUGCCAGUCGAAAGCACGGUAGCUGGAUCCAUUGGACUCCACCUGGCGCUGAAGCCGGCGCUCGCGCUCAGCCACUCUCAGAUGGCAGUCCAUUGUGGUUGGCGCAGUGCGGUCCACCUCCCCACGCUCUCGGCUGGCCUGUACAUGUCGCUAAGCUCAAAAAAGGGUUUGGCGUCGGUCACACGGCAAACGUGCCUUUGCAUUUGCAGUUCUAUGCUCCGCCAAGGCCCAAGAAGGCGGCUCCUGGUGGUGCUACAGUUGGCGGUGAUCUUGGCGAUGAAAGACGCGCGUCGGCAUUCAAACGUGCGCCCGAACCACCAACGCCAGCAGCGAUUCCCGAAACGCCAGGGUUCGAGUUUAACCGGCGUCUCGAGGCGGACGCUGAGGCGGACGACGCUGAUGAGGAUGCCAACGCCAACACUAGCCGCUCACCGCGUAGAGCCGCAACCGCUGCAACCGCAACCGCAACCGCAACCCCGGUAGCCGCAGCCGGCACAACGGGGACAACGUACGAAGCGAGGACAGACUCGGCUGGCGUUGGUGCGGAUGGCUUACCAUUGCUAGGCACUGAUGGACUCACUGCUGCAGCAGUGAUGCAAGAAGAGACACGGGAGCAGCGUCUUGCACGCGAAAAGGCGGAGCGCGAGACGCUCAAAGUGGCGAUUGUGGUGGAAGCACUGGAUGAGAACGGACGACCUUUGCUGGAGCCCAACCUGCAGACGAGCUAUGUGCGCUUGACGUCUCUGGCGUCUAAAAGGGGCGCGGUGGUGCGGGAGCGCGCCGAUGCGACGGAAGCAGCUCGUGAGGCACACGUCGAGGUUGCGCAACGGACGUGGUCGUCGCAAGUCGAGGGCCAGGAAGCGGAGAUCGGACCACACCGAUUUCAACUGCAGGAGCUGUACGGCCUGUCUUCGAAACCGCCGGCUGUGGCGGCGGUGGCGGCGGGAGGUGUGGAUGGCGACCAAGACAUGGCGGCGCCACAUGUGGAGCUGGACGCGAGCAACGGCUCCGAGUGUCUGAUCUGUCUCAGCUCGCCUCCGACCACACUGCUGCUGCCGUGCACGCACGGGCUAUGUCUCGAAUGCGCGGUUCAGUUGCGCGACUCAGUAGUGGGGAUCAGACUUUCAGAGAGACGCAGAGGGCGGACGCCUAGACGCAAGUUUGCAUGUCCCGUUUGUAGGAGGGCGUAUACGAGCAUGUUGCACCUGAGCAGGGCGGAUGAGAAAGUGGUUGCUCAGCACGCCUUGUAG